AUGGCUAUGCGGACAAGUCUCUCUCUGUCGAGAAAAUUCCUCCACCCGCGACGCAGCUUCUCCAGCACGCGAACAGCCAAUGCAGAUGUCACCCAUGCGGUCAUUGGUGCGGGAGUGGUCGGUCUGGCAGUGGCCCGGGAAUUGGCAGCGAGAGAAGGCACAUCCACCAUUCUUCUGGAGAGACACGAUGCGCCAGGCACGGAGACUAGUAGUCGCAAUUCGGAGGUCAUCCAUGCCGGGUUAUACUACGGGGUCGAUACCUUGAAGACCAAGCUCUGCAUCAAAGGAAAAGAGAUGAUGUACGAUCUAUGCGCGCGGAACGGACUCCCUCACCGCAACACCAAGAAAUGGAUCGUAGCGCAGACAGAAGAGCAAUGGGCCGCGGCGCUAAAGACCCACGAGCACGCACAGAAGAUAGGUGUCCCGACGCGACUCAUCGGUCGCGCAGAGGCUCAGGCUCUCGAACCAGAGGUGCAGGCUCUCGCGGGGAUUGUCGAGAGUCCGACCACGGGCAUCGUAGACAGUCACUCCCUGAUGACCUAUUUACAGGGCGACUUCGAGGACCGCGGCGGCGACUGUGCGUUUCUGACGAACGUAACGGGGAUCGAGGCGUUGGAUGGAGGCAAGAACGGAUACCGGAUCACGGCCGUCACGAGCGACGGGACGGAGACGUCCAUCACAGCCGAGACGCUGAUCAACAGCGCCGGGAACUACGCGUGCUAUAUCAAUAAUAUGAUCCUGCCGCCCGAGCGACACCGCACCCCGUACUACGCGAAGAACGUACUUCUCGUAUGCGGCGUCGUUCCCGAAAACCUCCGUGCUGACCUCGGCGGCCGCAUACGAUUCGGCCCCGACGUGGAAUGGGUGGACGACCCGAACGAUCUCGUGCCCAGUCCCGCCCGGCUGGCGCAGGCGCUCCCGGAGAUCAAGGCCUAUCUACCCAACGUGGACCCGGAGGCAAUCAGUCUAGACUACUGUGGGAUCCGGCCCAAGCUGGGACGCGGUGGGGCCGUGAACACCGGCAAAGGGUUCCAGGAUUUCAUCAUCCAGGAAGAGGAAGGCUUCCCUGGGUUCAUUAACCUGCUUGGAAUUGAGAGUCCAGGGUUGACGAGUUCGUUGGCGAUCGGGGAAAUGGUAGAGGGCCUUCUGUAUGGGAGGAAAUGA